CUCUAAGUCAAAUGUUUUGCAAGUCUAUAUCCUAUCUCAAAAAACGUUUUAUCAUCUUAUUCGAUUGACCAUCUCAAGACUCUGCUCCUUGGAUGAUUGCGAAUAUUAUAAAAUCGUCCAACUCCUCUCAUAAAUAAGCCAACAUACUUGAUAGCUCCUAUCUAUUCUAUUACCAUCUUCUACCAUAUACGCAAUUAGGAAGCCGUCUACUUUUUGCCGCGCAAGAUGAAGAUCACCGGCCUCCUCACCACACUUGCAGCUCUAGCUCCCGCUCUUACUGAAGCAUAUGCCACUGAUAUCUACUCUGCCUGCCAAGCGCCCCGAAACGGCUUCAAGAAAGUUGGAAACGGGUGCACAUGGGUCCUGGGCUAUUCGGAUUCGAGUAAAAUAAAGGACGGCACCUGCUGGUCGGGCAGCGCCAUUGGCAACGGUCUCUACUGCUCACCCCAGCCCCUUUAGACGAGACCUAGACUGAGGUGCAUGCGAAGGCAUGUGUUGUUGAAGGUACUGGCGGACGCCGGGGAUCUCAGGUUUAGUCUCUACGGGAAUCUCAGCUGGUCAUCUGUUUCAAUUGUGGUUCUCGGUUGCGCUUUCGCUCUGCACCGUAUGUAGACAUGUUACCGAUAAUCAAGUUACUACCAA